AAUUCAUAUUGUAUUUUAAUAAUUAACUAUUAAAACUGAUCGCAAAUAUGUGUAGCAUAUAUUUGGCCACUAUCCUGGUAACAUUGGUUUACAUCGGGGACUCCAGUGCCGCACCAAAUGUCAAACUCAGUCUGUAUUACGAGAGUCUGUGUCCGUACUCUCGGGCCUUCAUUCUCAACCAAUUGGUGCCAACGUAUCAGAAAUUAGAGUCCAUACUGACGGUCGACCUACUGGUGCCGUACGGGUGGGCCAAGUCUACCAAAGUGACCAAACCUGACGGCACUUUCGAUGUGGAGUUCACGUGCCAGCACGGGGUGCAGGAGUGCAUCGGCAAUGAGAUACAUAAUUGUGUCUUAAACACCGAAACCAUUGCUAAAACUCUGACUUUGUUUGGCUGUAUGUAUAACGCAACUGAUUAUAAAACUCCGCUCACGGCUGGCAAAGAGUGCGCAACAAAACAGGGUCUCAAUUGGGCGGCCAUUGAUGAGUGCGCGACGGGACCGUUGGGUCGGGGACUACACCUUCUGGCGGGUGAGGUAUUUAAUAAGGCGACCCCCAAGCCUACAGGAGUGCCACACAUUUUACUCAAUGGUCAACACACGGCAGAGAUCAGUGAUAGAGCUGAAAAGGACCUGGUGGCACUCGUAUGCGACACCUAUACUGGCACAAAACCAGACGCGUGUAAAAAAUAAGCAAAAUUAUAUAUUUUUGUCAAAUAUUAAAUGUUUGCAUUAAAUUAUUAAACACUCUAUUUUUAUUGUGAAAUUAA